CACCACCACCUCGAAGCUCGACCAUCCUCAGCAUCCCGCAGUCUCUGUGCCAGGCAGCAUGGCCUCUACGCCGGGCGGCAGUGGCAGCGGCAGCGGCAACGGCAGUGCGCCCAUCACCGCCCAUGCGCCGCGGCCAAAGGUGCAGCAGCUGCGUCCUACAAACAAAGUCGCAGCUCCUCCGGCCGGUGCCGACGCAGCCGCAGGGCCCUCAGUCCCACGCGCGGGACCCCGCAUCGUCAAUGCGUCGGCUGCAGCGUCACCACAGCAACAGCAGCCGGGCGCGACGAGUGCGGUGCCGCGCACGGGACCGCGAGUGGUGACGGGCCAGGGUGCGGGCAACAAUGUGCUCGUGAACGCGUGUCAGAAAGGCAACCCGCUUCUGCAGCACAUUCGGCUCGGCUGGGAGUUCGCAGAGAUCAUCCCCGAUUAUCAAGUCGGCGUCGCAGCUGGCGCUCUCUUCCUCUCGCUGCGCUACCAUCGCCUGCACCCCGAGUACAUCCACUCGCGCAUCGAGAAGAUGCGCGGCAAGUUCAGCCUGCGCAUCUUGCUUGUCAUGUGCGACGUCGACACGCACGAAGCAGCCAUGCGCGAGCUGACAAAGGUGGCACUGGUGAACCACUACACCAUCAUCGUGGCCUGGAGCGCCGAGGAGGCAGGCCGCUACAUCGAGACGUACAAGUCGCAAGAGACGCGUGCGCCCGAUCUGAUUCGCGGACGCGUCGACGACGAGUACAUGGCGCAUCUGCAGCACACGCUCACGAGCGUGCGCGGCGUCAACAAGACGGACGUCGUGACGCUCGCGACCAACUUUGGCUCCCUCAAGCGCAUGUCCGACGCGACGUACGAAGAGCUCGGCAUGUGUCCCGGUUUCGGCGACGUCAAGGCCAAGCGACUACGGGAGGCAUUCACACAGCCGUUCCGCGUGGGCGAGACACGGCUAGGCAGAGAGAGGGGCAUGCAGAUGGGAGAACGCGGCAUGGGCAUUGACGAGGUGGCGGAACUGGAGGCGAGCGCGGCAGAGGCUGCCGCAGCGGAGACGACGGGCGUGUCGGAGCGGCAGAGAGAGGUAGCUCGGGAGAAGAACGGCACACCCGCUCCACCACGACCGCCGCCGCGAGAGCAACAGGACGUCAUGACGGCGGCGGAGCUGGGCGCGGGCGACGACAACGACGAGGCAGAGGCGAUGGAGAGCUUCAUGCAGAUGAGCGAGGAGGAACAGCUGGCACUGGCGCUGGCGAUGAGCGUGGCGCCCGACGAGGAUCUGGCGGAGGAAGGCUGA